UCCGGGAGGGACCUCAUGGCGUGCGCGCAGACCGGGUCCGGCAAGACCGCCGCGUUCUGCCUCCCGGUGGUCAGCGGGCUGGUGGCGGCGGCGGCGGCGGAGGGAGGGCCAGGAGGCGAAGGGGGUCGCGGCGACAGGGAUGCGUACGACUACGACUACCGCCGCACGGCGAGGCCGCUCGCUCUCGUGCUCGCGCCCACUCGUGAGCUCGCAGCACAGAUUAAUGAGGAGGCAAAGAAGUUCGCUCACAAAACUGGACUCAAAGUUAAGGUGGCCUAUGGAGGAACUUCAAUUGUUCAACAGCUACGUGAUAUAGAGAAAGGCGCAGAUAUUCUUGUUGCUACACCUGGGCGCCUUGUGGACAUGAUUGAAAGAGGAAAGAUCUCUCUUGAGGCAAUUAAGUACCUGAUAAUGGACGAGGCUGACAGGAUGCUGGAUAUGGGGUUUGAGCCUCAGAUAAGGAAGAUUGUUGAUGGGAUGGGUAUGCCACGAAAGUCUGUGAGACAAACUAUGCUGUUCAGUGCAACCUUCCCACCAGAAAUACAGAGACUGGCUUCAGACUUUUUGUCAAAGUACAUAUUUAUCACUGUUGGGAGGGUGGGUUCAAGUACUGACCUAAUUACACAGCAAGUUGAGUUUGUCACUCACGACGAGAAAAGGACCUACCUGAUAGAUCUCUUACAGAAGCAAUCUUUCACUUCAUCUGAUGGCAAGCCUCAGCAGCCUCUAACAUUGGUUUUUGUGGAGACAAAACGAGAAGCUGAUUCAUUGAGGUAUUGGCUAUACAACAAAGGUUUCCCUGCAACAGCGAUCCAUGGUGACAGAACACAAGAGGAGAGGGAAAGCGCACUGAGAUCCUUCAAGUCUGGCUUGACCCCUGUCAUGGUCGCCACUGAUGUUGUCGCGCGAGGCCUGGAUGUCCCAAAUGUUGCUCAUGUCAUCAACUACGAUCUUCCCAAGAGCAUAGAGGAUUACGUCCACAGGAUUGGAAGAACUGGGAGAGCUGGAAAUGCUGGCAGUGCCACCGCCUUCUUCACUGAAUCCAACCACCCCAUAGCAAAGGGAUUACUGGAACUGAUGACCGAGGCAAAACAGAAUGUUCCUCCCUGGCUAGAGGACUAUGCAGGGAAGCCAUUCUAUGGAGGGUCAAGCUUCGGCGGAAGAGGUCGAAGGUCCAAUGGCGAUGGUGGCAGCAGCUCUGGUGGCAGAGAUUAUCGCGGUGGCAGCGACUAUUCUGGCUACUCUGGCGGUGGUGGCGGUGGCAGGAGCUACUCUGGUGUUGGUGGUGACCGCUACUCCAGUGGCAGCGGUGGUGACCGCUAUUCUGGUGGCGGCGGGGGUGGUGGCUACUCCGGUGGCGGUGGCAAGAGCUACUCCGGUGGUGGUGGUGGUGGCAGAUACUCCAGUGGCGGGGGCUCCUCAAGGGCAAGCGAUCCACCUCCACGCUACUACCCAUCCCACCCCAUGGGCACGUCAAACAUCAGCGCCUCUGGCUGGGACUAGCCGCGUAGCACCCUCACUUCUCGGCGGUGCGCACACCGUAUAUAUCAUCACUAUCUAAAUUAUAUACGUAGCGGAACCAAAUCGCGCGUGGCACAAUUGAUCUGAGCUCGGUGCCUGCUCGUCCUUUUGCCUUGUCGAUGGCUGUGUUGAUGGUGCACAGAGGGGGUAGGGAUGCAAAUGUUUUGCUGCGAAAUGGGAUUUCACAUGGAUGUGGUGGUGCUGAUCAGACUCCACUUGGUGCUUAAAACUUGUUGGCUAUAUUACUGUAAGUGGCACGCAACACUGCCGGUUUGCUUUUGAAGGAUGGUUUUAAGAUCGA